AUGUUCUCCGCUCGAAACGCAGGCUUAAUGGCCUGUGCCUGUUCAACAGGUGCUCUGUUGGUCUGCUUAUUCUACGUCCCUGCUCUGGUGAUGAAAAUUCAGAAUAUCAACGAUCAGCUGCGAAUAGAUUCUGACGAGUUUCGCGUUAUGGCUGAUCUGACGUGGACCGAACUCACCAAAGCUCGUGUUGGUGGACUGGAAAGGAUUAGAAGACAGGCUUAUGCUAGUUCUGGCAGUACACCGAAGAAGACUUAUCCCUUGCAUUCUUCAUAUGUAAAGUCUCAAGAUGCCUUCGUUGAGGCGAAUCCGACAUGCAAUUGCCAAGCCAACAACAAGUGCCCACCAGGACCCCCUGGACGACCGGGGAAACCUGGACUAGACGGAGAACCAGGAUCACCAGGAAAACCAGGAGCACCCGGACUAGCAGGCAUUGCUCCCCCUGUUACUAUCGAUUCGCAGCAGGGCUGCCGUGUCUGCCCACAUGGACCUCGUGGUCCAACAGGACCACCUGGUGAGCCUGGACCAAUAGGCGAAGAAGGAGCUCCAGGACCUGUGGGACGAGUCGGUGAACCAGGCAGAGAAGGAUAUCCUGGCCAGCCUGGCAUUCCUGGCGAGAGUGGUAAGCCUGGAAAGGUGGGUGAACCAGGAGUUCCGGGUAGAGAUGGUACUCGUGGAGGCAAGGGACCAACGGGAGACAAAGGAGAACCAGGACCACAAGGACAGAAAGGACCUGCUGGAUAUCCUGGACGUGAUGGUCAACGUGGAAGUGACGGUAAGUCAUACGGUAUUUGUCUUCCUGUAGACACACACAGGGGCAGAAAGGAAAGGGAAUCAGGGAUUAGAAGAAGCAGAGAGUUGGGUUGGAAGGCAGGUCAACACGCAUCCCUAGAUAUCAACUGA